GGCACACGCAGCCGCCCGCGGAGUGAGGGAGGCAGCGACCGAGCGGGCGGACGGCGGCCGCGGGAGAUGUGCCCGGAGGAGGACGGCGGCUGCGGCGGCGGCGGCGGCGGCAGCGUAGCCGGCACCGGCGGCCCCGAGGCGGCGGCUGCGGUGGCGCUGGACGAGCUCCGCUCCUGGUGGGAAGUCCCGGCCAUCGCGCACUUUUGCUCGCUCUUCCGCACCGCCUUCCGCUUGCCCGACUUCGAGAUCGAGGAACUGGAAGCUGCUCUUCACAGGGAUGAUGUGGAGUUUAUCAGCGACCUGAUCGCUUGCCUUCUUCAAGGUUGCUAUCAGCGCAGAGACAUCACAUCCGAGACGUUUCACAGCUACCUGGAGGACAUCAUCAACUACCGCUGGGAGCUGGAGGAAGGGAAGCCCAACCCUUUGCGGGAGUCCACUUUCCAGGAGCUGCCCCUGCGCACGCGCGUGGAGAUCCUGCACCGCCUCUGUGACUACCGCCUCGAUGCAGAUGAUGUCUUCGACCUGCUCAAGGGCUUGGACGCCGACAGCCUCCGCGUGGAGCCGCUGGGUGAGGACAGCAGCGGUGCCCUGUACUGGUACUUCUACGGCACGAGGAUGUACAAGGAGGACCCGGUGCAGGGCAAAACCAACGGAGAGCUGGCUCCAGACAGGGGAUGUGGGGGGCAGACAAACACCCCAAAUGUUCCUGGGAAAACAGGCAAGAGACGAGGGCGACCUCCAAAGCGGAAAAAACUACUGGAGGAAAAUUUGCUGAGGGAGAAGGCAGAAGAAAACUUGCUUAUCCAUGAGACUCAGAUAAGAAAUGGGUCCCAAGGGCCUGGCCGUGGGACAUGGUGGUUGCUGUGCCAGACGGAAGAGGAGUGGAGGCAGGUCACAGAGAGCUUCAGAGAGAGGACUUCCCUUAGAGAGAGGCAGCUCUACAAACUCUUGAGUGAAGACUUCCUGCCGGAGAUCUGCAACAUGAUUGCACAGAAGGAGAAGCGUCUGCAGCGGACAGAGUUUUCUCCCAGGUGGAUGUCUGACCAUCAGCCCAUCAAACCAAUCAAGCAGGAGGUAAACCCAAAUGUGUUGAGCUCCAUGGAGAAGCAGAGGCGCAGAGAGGAAGAAGAGGAGCGCCAGAUCCUUAUAGCAGUGCAGAAGAGGGAGCAGGAACAGCUGCUGAAGGAGGAGAGGAAGAGGGAGAUGGAGGAGAAGGUCAAAGCAGUGGAAGAACGGGCCAGGAGGAGGAAACUUCGUGAAGAGCGCGCCUGGCUGCUGGCGCAGGGGAAGGAGCUCCCCCCUGAGCUUUCCCACUUGGAUCCCAGUUCCCCUACCAGGGAAGAGCGAAGGACCAAGGAUAUCUUUGAACUGGAUGACGAGUUCACAGCCAUGUACAAAGUUCUAGAUGUGGUGAAGGCUCACAAGGACUCUUGGCCCUUCUUGGAACCCGUUGAUGAAUCGUAUGCUCCCAACUACUACCAGAUCAUUAAGGCCCCCAUGGAUAUCUCUAGCAUGGAGAAGAAGUUGAAUGGAGGUCAGUACUGCACCAAGGAAGAAUUUGUGGGUGAUAUGAAGACCAUGUUCAGGAACUGUCUUAAGUACAACGGUGAAGGCAGUGAAUAUACAAAGAUGGCUUACAACCUGGAGAGGUGUUUCCACCGAGCAAUGAUGAAGCACUUCCCUGGGGAAGAUGGAGACACUGAUGAGGAGUUUUGGAUCAGAGAGGACGGGAGACGAGAGAAGAGGAGCCGGCGCUCCGGCCGCUCCGGCACAGGCAGUGUCUGGACUCGGUCACGGGACCCAGAUGGGCCUGGCAAGAGACAGCAACGCCUGGAAAAUGGAGGAAAACCUCCACCAUAUCGAGCUACUUCCAGGGCUCCUGCUUCUUCCUCCUCUUCCUCUUCCUCCUCCUUCUCGUCGUCCUCUGUAGAUGACCCAAGUGGCACCUCAAUGCUGACUACUCGAGAAGUGGGCCCUUCCAAUGGGCGAGGCUUCCCCCGCUCCCUGCAGUACGGCGGCAUGCCCAGCCCUGUGCCACAUCCUGGACAGAUGAGACCAGCAGUGCCAGGAACGUUUGGUCCUUUGCGUGGAUCCGAUCCCACAAAACUGUACGGCUCUCCGCGAGUGCCUGAGCCCCAUCCCGGAGAGCCGCUCCAGCAGCACCAGCACUUUGCCAUGCAGCCGGCCGUGGGACUGAGCGAGCACCGCGGGCACCGGCUGGGCACUCCGGAGAAGCAGGCGUGCGCGGCACCGGCCCACGUGGCUGGGCUGGGUCCCCGGCCGGGCUCCCUGCAGCUGGGCCGCAUGGGCGGCCCCCCGCCCGACGCCGUCUAUCCGCCAGCCCAGUUCCAGCAGGGCUUCCUCCCGCCACGGCACAACGGGCCCCCCGUGAAGCCGCCGGAGGGCUCCGAGGUCCCCCCAGGACACAUGUACCGGCCCUACAAGUACCUGAACCGCGCGCAUCCGGCCCUGUGGAACGGCAGCCACGGCCCCGCUGGCCAGGCUGCCAUGGGCCCGGAGGAGAAGGCGCCCAUGGGGCCGGGGCCCUCGCUCCAGCCCCGUGUCCUGGGUCAUAUGAUGGACCCCCGGGCCAUGAGGCCGCCGCUGCCUCCGAGCCAGUGGAGCGAGCAAUCGAAUUUCCUACCUCACGGGGUGCCUCCCUCAGGGUACAUCCGACCGCCCGGGAAAGCCGCCGGUCAGAGGAUGCCGCAGCCGCCGGCCGCUCUGUUUGGAGGACCGCCUCAGGUUCCAAGAGGGUGCCAGGGCGGGGACUCCAUGCUGGACAGCCCGGAGAUGAUCGCCAUGCAGCAGCUGUCCUCCCGCGUGUGCCCGCCGGGUGUGCCUUACCACCCUCGCCAGCCGCCCCCGCCGCACCUCCCCGGGCCCUUUCCCCAGCUGGCUCACGCCGCCUCCGCCGGCGGCCAGCCCCCAAAGCCCGUCAUGGGGAACGGGAGCUCGCAGGAUCCAACCGGCCAGACCAUGGACAUGGACAGCAACCAAGUGGAGACACCGGCAGGCAUGGACGAGAAGGCUCAGUGCAUCAGCAUUCCCGACGGGGCCUACGCCAAACUCCUACCUCAUCCCAAGCCCCCGCUGCCCAUGGAGUGCACGAGGCGCGCCUUGCCCCCGGAUGGGGAGGGGGAUGGCCCCGGUGUGAAGGGCGACCUGAAGGCAGGGCAGGGCAAAGGCGCGUGGUCGGCAGAGAGCGGCUACGCCGGCGACCCGGGCUGCGUGAGGGACCUGGUGCCCACCUCCGAAAGAGGGGGUCCCCUGCCUCAGAAUGGGGCGGCAGGUGAGGGGCCGGCAGCUGGCCCUGAGGGGAAGGGGCUGGCUGCCAACCUGCUGGAGAAGCCCCUCUGUGGCGGGGGAAAGGCUCUGCCUGAAGCAGCCGUGCCUUGCAUGGGACAGGGCACCGGCCUGCCCGGCGUGGAUGCCACCUCCAUGGGGGCCACCCCCAACCAGUUUCAUCCUCUCUACAUGUCCAGUCUGGAAUACCCGAAUUCAGCAGGGCGGUACCACAUCAACCCAAGCCUGCAGGGGUUCAGCCCCAUGAUGGGGGGGAAGCCACCUCCUCCUGCCUCCCAUCCCCAGCAUUUUCCCCCACGGGGUUUCCAGCCAAGCAGCGCCCACCCCGGCGUCUUCCCGCGGUAUCGGCCCCCCCAGGGAAUGCCGUAUCCUUACCAGCCGCAGCCUCAACCCUCCUACCACCACUACCAGCGACCGCCCUACUACGGCUGCCCACAGGGCUACUCGGACUGGCAGAGACCUCUCCACCCCCAGGCCAGCCCCAGUGGGCACCCCAGCGCGCACCCGCCCCUGGCCAGGCCCCCUUUCCCGGAGCGGGGCUCUGCCGGCGGCCUGCAGGGCUGCGAGGCACUGAGCGCCGCCCUGGCCUCUCCCACCCGCAUGGACAUAGCAAGUGCCAAAGAGGUUUCUCCAAGCAACGGGCAGGAGCUGGGGCCUGAAGAUGAGAAGUCCGAGGAGUCCCAGGAAAGACCGGAGAGUCCCAAAGAGUUUCUUGAUUUGGACAACCACAAUGCAGCUACUAAGAGGCAGAGCUCGGUGGCAGCGGGGGAGUUCCUCUAUGGAGCCCCCCCCCCACACCUGGGUGCAGGGAUGGGAUUCGGCCCUUCAGCUUUCCCUCCCCAUGGGGUGAUGCUACAGACUGGCUCUCCUUAUGGAUCCCGGCAUCCUGCCAGCCACUUCCAGCCCAGGACGUAUGGAUCGCCCAUGAAUGCUCACCUGUCUCACCAUCCAGCCUCCAGCCAGGCCAAUGGCCUCUCUCAGGAGGGCCCCCUGUACCGCUGCCGAGAGGAGAACGUGGGUCACUUUCAGGCCUUGCUGAUGGAGCAGAGAGGCAGUGGAGGUGGCAUGGGGGGGCCACCCCAGGACUUGUAUAGACCCUCGGGAAUGCAAAUGCAUCAGGCUCAAGUCCCUUUCCCGAAGAUGCCUACAGCAACCAUGUCCCGGGAAGAUCUGACAUCACAAAAACCAUCAGCGUUGCCUCUGGAUCAAAGCUAGUCCAAGAAAGAGCGGACUUCAUGAAGACGAAAGCCACACGUGAUUUGGACAACAGAGAGGAGGGACAGGCCUUGCUCCCACCCUCCCCUCGCCCGAGCAGCAUGGAGCUUCCUGGGUCUGUGGAACACGGUGCCGUGCCGGCUUUUGUGUUGGAAACCCGCAGCGGUGCCGGGCCCCAGCCAGCCGAGCAGCUGGCUCGCCAUCGCAGGGCACCCCAAACUAGUGGCUUUCCGUGACCGGAGACUGCGUCUCAUUCAGGGUUUGAGGGA